AAAAGUUAACAUAAUCACAGAAAUAAUCCACAAAGCCAGGAUUAAACAAUCAACCAACCAGCAAACAGUUAUUAAGAACCUACUCUUUGCUGGGAUAUACAAAGACUUAAAUGAAGCACUCCUUAACCUCAAGGAAUUUGUUUUUAUAACAUAUACAAAUGUGCAAAAUAAAGAUAAGCAAUAAAUAUACAUAAACAAGUUGUUUAUUAUUAUUAUUUGGUGAGGGAAGUGGAAGUACUAGUAACUGGAAGAAUCAGGAAAGAUCUUAUGUAGAAAAUAUUAUUUAAGCUCAAUUUUAAAGGAAAUUAGGGAUUCUAAACUUAUCUCUUUAACUUCUAAAGCAUGCUAGUCUCCAACACAACAUACUGCUUUCUAUUUUGCUAGCCAUAUAGAACUUAUUUACUAUUUUAUUUAUAUUUACUAGCUAUAUGAUUCUAGGAAAGUACUAUCUGCUUUAGUUUUCUCAACUCUGAAAGGGGAAUAAUGAUAGCACAUACCUUCAUGGUUAUUGUAAAUAUCAAAUGAGACACUACAUGUGAAGUGCUAUAUAAAUAUAAUUGCUAGUAUUAUUAUUGUUAUCAUCAUUGUUGUUAUUAUCAUCAUACAGUCAAGUACAUUCCUGGAAUUGUCAGCAUUACUGCUGCUACAGAAUUUAUAGGCUUUAAAAACGAGGCAGGAUGGUAUAAUGGAAAAGAGCUGGACUAAGCUAAUAAGACUUGGGCUCAAACUUGGCCUCUACUACUGGUUGUGUGACCUUGGAAAAGUCAUCUAACCUCUAUCAGUGCUUUAAAUUGCAGAAAACAUGCUGCCCUUCAAUGAUAGAAAUCACAGGUGAAGGCUCUGUAACUUAAGUGAGUAAUGAGUUUGGCCUGUUGGCUCUAGUAUUUCAAAGAGAAGAAAAUCUAAACAAUGAUGUCAAUGCCUAUAAACUAACACUAAUUAAUGAACUAUUUAAAUUCAGCAGACAUUUUUCAAGAGCCUAGCAUAUAAAAAAGAGGCUCCAGUAAAAAUAGGAAAAUCAGCAAGAAUUGCUUACAUUUGUAUAUUGUUUUAAAAUUUGCAAAGUAUUUUUCUCACAAGAACUCUGUGAGGCAGAUUCAGGUAUUAUUCCCAUUUUAUAGAUGAGGAAACUGAAGCUCAGACCAGAAGUAAACAGUGACCAAGGCAGGGCUUUAACUAGGUCUUUAGACCCCCAACUUUAAUGUUCUUUACAUUGUACCUUAGGGCCUGACAUAAGAGUCUUUAAUCUCGAGGAUGUUACAAUCCACUGAGGUGAAGAGGAGGGGAGAAGGGGAGAAGGCUGGUUAUCAAUCAUUCAUCAUAAAUUAAGAGUCUAGAGAGGAACUUUUUUAAUUCCCUAGUUUUACAGAUUAGGAAACUGAGACCUAGGGAGAUAAAAUUUAUAGGAUCAUAUAUUUUUAACUAAAAGAAAUUUCAGAGGUCAUCAAGUACACCUCCUCUUGAAGAUAAGAUGAGGAAACUAAGGCCAAGAUAAAUUAAAUAAAUGCCCAAGAUCAUAUUAGUAAUAAGUGUUAGGGCCAGUAUGUGAACUCACUUCCUCUGACUCCAAAUAGGAUUCUUAUACAAGUUUUGAUACUAGAGCCUUUCCCUUCCAAAUUACAGGCUUUUAGCCAAUCAGGUCCAGAAAUUUCACCUCCGAGCCUAGCAGCUCAAAGCAGCAUCCCAAGACGGUACUUAGAAACCACAGUAUCCUCCAGCCCCACCCACUUCAGGCUUCCAGGCAACCUAGCUAGGCCUAGGCCCUUGGCUUUCAUUGUUUUCUGCUCCGUUUCUAUAACAGGGUUCAAACAGAAAAAAAAAAAAAAAAAAAAAAAAAAAAAACUCAGCAGCCCCUCUGCCCCUCGCCCGCUUCUCUGUCGCAAGGAAAGGGCGGCUGAGGCUUCUGCAGUCAGGGACGUCCCUGGGCGCUGACCGCGCGGCCCCUGCUGUGCCCAGCCCCCGCCCAUCUCCGAGCUUUCGUUUCUUCGCGAGCUGUGCCCGCUCUGGGGCCUCCUCCCCCCGCCCCACAACCUUAGUCCCAUCUCUAGGUUUCGUUUCUGGGUCCGUUUCCUCUUUCCUAUCCUGAUCUCACCCCUUGGGGCGGGGCCUGCGGCCCCUAGAUAUGGCCUGUUUCCCUCGCCUGGGAAAUUACAUUGUCCGCUUCUUGGAGAGGAUGCGGCCGUCGUCGCAGGUGCCAGCCGUUCGCCGCCAGGCCACUGCUGUGAACCCGCUUGACCUGGCCCGGGACCGCUUCUUCCUCUUGGAGCUGCCAGACUCUGGUCUAGCUAACUUCACCCUCUGCGGAGACUACGGUGACGGCGGCACAGACUGGAGCGCCUUGGCCGCCAGAGAUCCCCGGCUAGAGGCGUUCCUCCUCGCGCCCGGGCGCACCUACUCGCUGUGCGUGCCCGCAGUCCCGGGUUCGGGCUACCGGGGCCGGAUCCUAGCUGCGCGCCUGCACCACCACCUGCUACAGCAACUUAGCCGGGGCCCUUUCCGGAAGUGCGAGCUGCGGCGCCUCCUCUGUUACUCCCCUGACGGCCGGUCCGGGAUCACGGAGAAGGGCUUCAUCCUGUGGGAUCCCCACGACUGCUUGGAGAUCCAGCGUGCCCUGCAGGGCCUGCUGUUUGCUUGCGAAGAUCCAAGACCACUUCUGGGCGUGUUCAAAGCUGACAAGAGUGGCCUGCUGUGGCAGAGGCUGUGGGAACUGCCAGGAGUGGUAGGAGAUAAAGGGGGGAGAUUUCGAGUGGUGCCCAUAGAAGAGCCCCCUGUGCACCCUUUAGUGCCAGAACUGCCCAUCACUGUGGUGUUUCCCAAUCUGGAAGAAACCCGAAAGGUUUUUGAGGAGUGUAUACCUUUCAUUCCUGAAGCAAAGGAGAUCCUUAACUUGGUGGAUAAAUGCCCGAAGAAGAUCCAGAAGGGAAAAUUCCCUGUCAUUGUUAUUGAGGGUUUGGAUGCUACUGGAAAAACUACAGUGACUGAAAAGGUGUCAAAAGCAUUGAAGGCUGUUUUCCUAAAAUCACCUCCAGCCUGUGUCAGCCAGUGGAGAAAAAUAUUUGAUGAUGAACCAACAAUCAUCAGGCGGGCAUAUUAUUCUUUGGGAAAUUAUAUCAUGGCUUCUGAAAUAGCUAAACAAUCUACACAGGCUCCUGUGAUUAUAGACAGGUACUGGCACAGCACAGCUGCUUAUGCAAUUGCCACUGAGAUAAGUGGCCUUCCCCACCACCUACCUCCAGCUCAUCACUCUGUUUAUCAGUGGCCCCAGGACUUGCUCAGACCUGAUAUUGUACUGCUGCUAACUGUGAAUCCUGAAGAGAGGAUUCAUAGGAUUCAGGGACGUGGGAUGCAUAAGACAAAAGAAGAAGUUGAAUUGGAAAACAACAAGUUAUUUCGUGAAAAGGUGGAAAUAUCCUAUCAGAGGAUGGAGAAUCCUUCCUGUCAUACGGUGGAUGCUAACCCCAACAGAAAAAUUGUCAUCGCAACUGUUUUAAAUAUAAUUAGAAACUAUUUUGCCUCAUUGUAGUCACUCCUGGGAGGUGACAGAUUUUACCUAAUAACACACUAAUAAAGGUCACCCCAGAAUAUA